AGAAGUGUAAAGUUGAUUUGAAUUUAAAAACAAAACUAUAACAAGGUUAUAUUAAAAGCAUGAAAAUAGCGGUUGAAGGUUGUGCACAUGGCGAACUGGAGCGCAUCUACGACACUAUCGAGGGCAUCGAGAAGGAGAGCGGUAUCAAGAUAGACCUGCUGCUAUGCUGCGGCGAUUUCCAGUCUACGCGGAAUCUGGAGGACCUCCAGACCAUGGCGGUGCCCAAGAAGUACUUGGACAUGUGUACCUUCUACAAGUACUACAGCGGGGAGAAAGUGGCGCCGGUACUGACCAUUUUCAUUGGCGGCAAUCACGAAGCCUCAAACUACCUCCAAGAGUUGCCCUACGGUGGCUGGGUGGCUCCAAACAUCUAUUAUCUGGGAUACGCCGGUGUGGUUAACGUGAACGGAGUGCGCAUCGCAGGCAUAAGUGGCAUUUUUAAGGGACAUGACUUUCUGCGUGGUCACCACGAAUUUCCGCCCUACUCGGAGGCGACAUGCCGUAGUGUUUACCAUGUGCGACAGUUGGAGGUGUUCCGGCUGAAGCAGCUGUCUGGUCGGGUAGACAUCUUUCUAUCGCACGAUUGGCCCACCGGCAUCUAUGAGUAUGGUAACAAGGCGCAGCUUCUGCGGCGGAAACCCUUCUUUGCAGCGGACAUGGAAAGUGGUCAGCUGGGCAGUCGUCCGUUGGAGGAGCUACUAAAGGCGGUACAGCCAGCCUACUGGUUCGCCGCCCAUCUGCACUGCAAGUUUGCUGCCCUGGUACCGCACAAUCCGUGCCAGAAGCGAAAAGAUGACGGAGCCGCGUCCUCCUCCUCCUCCAGCAGCAGUGAGGAUGAAGAUGACGAGAAAGCAGCUCCCACACCCCCACCAUCGAAACCCGUACCUGUCACAAAAUUCCUGGCUUUGGAUAAGUGCCUACCGCGUCGUGGUUUCCUGCAAGUAGUGGAGAUACCGAGCGACCCAAUUGAGGGCAAUCCCCGGCUUCAAUAUGACUCGGAAUGGCUGGCCAUUUUGCACAGCACUAACCAUUUGGUUUCUGUGAAGGAGAACUACUACUAUCUGCCGGGAAAGAAAGCGGGGGCGGUCACAGAGCGCUUCAACUUUACACCCACCGAAGAGGAGCUGGAAGCAGUUACGACGAAAUUCCAGAAUCUGCAGGUGCCAGAGAACUUUGAGCGCACUGUUCCAGCCUACGAUCCCGAAGAGCAGUCCAACUACAAAAGCAUGGCAGUUGGUCAACCAAAAGCCCACCUGAAUCCACAAAGCAACACAUUUUGCGCUGCCCUUGGCAUUGAUGAUCCAUUAUGCUUAGCUAUGCUAGCUAAUGGAAAAGAUCUGCCAGUUGCUGAAUCUACAGUUCAGCUUUCAAAAAGUUAUGACGGAAAGAUGCCAGAGGAGGAUCUCGGCGAGCCCUUGAUCACACCAACGAAAAGGAAAUUAAAUUUAUCCCUGCCGGCGCCGACUUCAACAGAUGCCAUCGAUGAAAACGUAAUUGAUCUGCCGGAGGACACGGUGGCUGAGGAGGAGACUGAGGAAAUCACAGAGGCGCCAAAAGUGGAGGAACCAGCUCCGGUGACGGCGUGUAGUCCCAAUCUGAAGAAGUUGAAGCGACGAAACCAGAACAUCUACCAAGCUGAAGAAGAAGACUAACAUCCAACGAAUUCC